AGUGGACUGAAUAACUAGCAGGGGGAGAGAGAGCAGUUAAGGCACGGGCCACUUCACGAAGAGCACCAGCUCCCUCCUGCCUGAAGAUGUUCCACCAAAUAUGGGCAGCUCUGCUCUACCUCUGUGGUAUUCUCCUUAACUCCAUCUACCAGUGCCCUGAGUACAGUCAACUGACAUCUCAGGGAGUGGAUGGGAAAGAGUUCCCAGAACCACACCUGGGCAGGUGGUACUUUAUCGCAGGGGCAGCUCCCACCAAGGAGGAGUUGGUGACUUUUGACGCUGUGGACAACAUUGUCUUCAACAUGGCUACAGGCUCUGCCCCCAUGAAGCUCCAGCUUCGCGCUACCAUCCGCAUGAAAAAUGGACUCUGUGUGCCCCGGAAAUGGAUCUACCACCUGACUGAGGAGAGCACAGAUCUUAGAACUGAAGGCCGCCCUGACAUGAAGACCAAGCUCUUCUCCAGCUCAUGCCCUGGUGGAAUCAUGCUGAAAGAGUCGGGCCAGGGUUACCAGCGCUUCCUCCUCUACAAUCGCUCACCACACCCUCCUGAGAAGUGUGUGAAGGAAUUCCAGUCCCUGACCUCCUGCCUGGACUUCAAGGCCUUCUUAGAGACUCCCAGGAAUCAAGAGGCCUGCGAGCUGUCCAGUAACUGACCUGUGGCUUCAUCUGUGCCCCAGAUGGAUAUGAUGGGAGCUGCAAUUGUGCUGUGGGGAGGAGAAGCUGGAGACUCCCAGCUCCCUUUCAAGAGUAAUAAAGAUGAUUUUUCAAUCCUCA